UUUGACCAAUAUAUCAAGUCUUUGGCUUUGCAUUAAAAAACGCAGUUCUUCUUUUGGACGCUAGAUGGGGCAUACACGCAUUAUUUGACAUAGCGUAGGCUAACUAACGGCGGUCUGUUUGCCCCAGCACAGGACGAGGGAAUGGGCUGGGCUGAAUCAAGCACUCCUGCGUGAAGACAACUUGUGCUCUCCUCCAUCUAACCCCUUCCCCUCCUCUCUCCCGGCCCCUGGGUCAGGGAAUGUGCCAGCCCUGGAGAUGCCUUACGUGGAUCGGCAGAACCGGAUCUGUGGCUUCCUGGACAUCGAGGAAAACGAGAGCAGUGGGAAGUUCCUGCGCCGCUACUUCAUCCUGGACACCCAGCCGGGCAGCCUAGUGUGGUACAUGGAUAACCCUCAGAACCUGCCCAUUGGUGCGGACUGUGUUGGCUCACUCAAACUCACAUACAUCUCCAAGGUCAGCGAUGCCACUAAGCAAAGACCAAAGGCGGAGUUUUGCUUUGUCAUCAACGCUGGCAUGAGGAAAUUCUUCCUCCAGGCCAAUGAUCAGCAGGACCUGGUGGAAUGGGUGAAUGCUCUCAAUAAGGCCACCAAAAUCACUGUGCCAAAGUCAUGUAAUGCCCAACAGAAUGUGGAGAACCAGAAAGCUCUUCUGGACAUCCUGCGACCCAAGAAGCAGGUCUCCUACAGGACUGACAUCAUUGGGGGAGUUCCCAUCAUCACCCAGACGCAGCAGGAAGGGGGCGAGGGCCAGGAGGGUUCGGAGCGUGAGUUGCUGCGGAGGUCGUACAGCCAGCUGCCAUACUUUCUGGGCAAGCCGACCCAGGACCGGGCGGUCAUCAAGUCUGGCUACUGUGUGAAGCAGGGAGCUGUGAUGAGAAAUUGGAAAAGGAGAUAUUUCUUACUGGAGGAUAACACCAUGAGUUACUUCAAAUCAGAUCUGGAGAAGGAGCCUCUGAGAAUGAUUCCAUUGAAGGAGGUCCACAAAGUUCAGGAGUGCAAACAGAGUGACAUCAUGAUGAGGGAUAAUCUCUUUGAGGUUGUCACCACUUCUAGGACUUUUUACAUCCAGGCUGACAGUCCAGAGGAGAUGCACAGCUGGAUCAAGGCUGUGUCUGGGGCCAUCGUAGCCCAGCGGGGACCUGGGAGAUCUGCAGCCACAAUGCGGCAGGCCAGACGGCUGUCAAACCCCUGUAUACAGAGGUAUACGGCCCGAAUCGGGGAGUGCAGCACUCUCCUGCAGCUGUGUACCUGUCUUAGAUGUCUCACAUCCUGCCUGUCUCUAGUUCUACCUCCUGUCCGCUGCCUCAGGAGCACUGUGGCCGUUCCUCCCCUUCCACAUUCUACCGCAGCCAACCGGGGCCCCCCGUCCAUCGCUCGCCCAUAUCUGCAGUGCCACCCUACCCAGGUUGCCCUUCUGUCGCGGGCGGUGCACGCUCGGAGCCUUGCGUGGGACAGCGAGCACUUCAUGAGCCUCCUGCCGCGACCCAACCACGCCCGACUGUCCCUGCAGGAGACACGCCUGUCCAAGUGACCGCCGACACUGCCCUCGAGUCGCCAUGGAGACGGCGCAGCAGCUUCGAGCCCUACCCACCUGAACCCCCCCUUGACCUGGACGCUGACGACCUGCCGGUCAGCGAAGUCUGACCCAUGAACUACCCCCACACUACCCUGUAACCUGGCAGAGGGGGUGGGCUACAGAGGAGAGGCUGUAUGACAACAGUGAUAAUGGAGGAAAUUAGAAGAAUGCUUUUGAAUAUCCCAGAGCAGCUGAACAGUGGGCCGCUUGUCUCAUCUCCACCAAACUGAACAGAAGUCAUCUGGAUGGAAAUGACAGAAAGCAGGCACUGGAUUCCAAGCCAAAGUUAGUCUGUAUAAUGUGUCUGACUUCCAACCAUCUCAACCCCCCUGUUCGUGAAGCUGUUAAUCUACCCCAGCUAGUCAACCCUAGUCACAUUAGAGUCGGAGGCCACUCAGACAAAUAGACAGGGGGGUUACGUUCUCUCCGUGUUUUCAUUGUUAGGCAUCUACUCAGUGGUCAAGGCCUGUGGACACUCUCAUGAAGUCCUGGAAUCAGCUGUCUCAGUGUGUGGACUGGGAGGCUAAGGUUCACACUGAACUCUACACCAAAGAUUCUGCGCUAUUUGCCAUUUUCUCCCACCUGCUUGCUCUGUUCUUAUUUAUUUAAUAGGGUUAAUUCAGUUUAGAAAACUUUUAUGUUUUAAAAUAUACACAAUGAGUGUACGAAACAUGAUGAACACCUUCCUGAUGUUGAGUUUCAUCCCCUUUUGCCCUCAAAACAGCCUAAAUUUGUCAGGGCAUGGAGUCGACGGUGUCGAAAGUGUUCCACAGGGAUUCUAGCCCAUGUUGACUCCAAUGCCUCCCACAGUUGUCCAGUUGGCUGGAUGUCCUUUGGGUGAUGGGCCAUUCUUGAUACACACGGGAAACCCAACAGCGUUGUAGUUCUUACACACUCAAACUGGUGCCGACCAUACCCCCAUUCAAAGGCACUUCAAUCUUUUGUCUUGCCCAUUCACCCUCUGAAUGGCACACACACACAAUUCAUGUCUCAAUUGUCUCAAGGCUUAAAAAUCCCUUCAUCUACACUGACUGAAGUGGAUUUAACAUGUGACAUCAAUAAGGGAUCAUAGCUUUUUACCUGGAUUCACCUGGUCAGUCUGUCAUGGAAAGAGCAGGUGUUCUUAAUGUUUUGUUCACUCAGUGUAUACCUGCAGCUCAUGACUAUGUGGACUCACACAGAUUAAUUCGGCAAUUUGUGAGGCUAAUAUUUUAUACCACUCUGUGCCAAGCAAGCUAGUUAGUGGAUAUUUUAAAGGUCCAAUGCAACAUUUAUCUCAAUAUCAAAGAAUUUCUGGGUAACAAUUAAGUACAUUACUGUUAAAAAUUUAUGAAAAUAUCUUCUUAGCAAAGAGCAAUUUCUCAAUCAAGAAUUUUGCUUGGUCAUUCUGGGAGUGGUCUGAGUGAGGGGCAUAAUUGGAAGACCCUAAUGGGAGGGAUAUGUAACCUGAAAACCAUCUGUUUACUGGCAGAGGUUUGAAACUCCUUUUUGUUAUUGGUUUAUUCAUUUAUACCAUCACCAGGCAGGCCAAACUCCAUCCCACCAAAACAAACACAUUUCAGGCAGUAUUUUCAAACAGCUCUUACACUAAAAUGGCAUUAUCUUAAUCUUCGCAAUUUCAAAGUAUUAUUCCAACCUCAUAGUGUGGAAAUAUAUAUAAAACAUCAUGUUUUUGCCUUCACUGCGCCUUUAAGGCAGCAAGCUAUAUUCUCUAAUGACUGAAUAGUUGUCAAGUAACAUAGAACUAAUCAUACUUGUUCAUUUCAUGCAUUCACUGUUGUUUUUAUUGAACUAAUGUUGUCUUUAGUUAUUUACUUUAAUUUAUGGUGUAUGACCAAAUGAUUCUAACAUACAUUUUCUUUAUCUGACUUUAAAACCUACAACAAUUGUAUUUUUUUAUUUUACCUUUAUUUAACUAGGCAAGUCAGUUAAGAACAAAGUCUUAUUUUCAAUGACGGCCUAGGAACAGUGGGUUAACUGCCUUGUUCAGGGGCAGAACGACAGAUUUGUACCUUGUCAGCUCGGGGAUUUGAACUUGCAACCUUUCGGUUACUAGUCCAACGCUCUAACGACUAGGCUACAAUCCCACUCUACCCAAACCAUAGUAUUACAGUUAGAAAGUUGUUGGUACACACUGUGGACUGGUACGAGAGGACUGUGCAGUUCUAAACCAAGCCAUGUACAUUUGCCUAAACCUAAUCCUGCAGGGUACUGUAAUGGGGUUUGGAUUUGUACCAAUAGGACUUCGGUGAGAGAGUGAGUUGUGCGACAGAGUGAGGUGGCUUCAUUAAGGGACCAAAGUGAAAAGCAGUUACUUCUAGGGUAGGGAUGGUCAUUGUCUUGUAGAGAUGUUUAAAUAAUACUCCUAAUGGCCAGCAACAUGCUUGACCCCUGACCUCUUCAUACCUGUAUACUGUACAGUGGCUUUAACCAUUUUUUUUGUGUGACUGCUGCCCGAUUUGUUAAGUUAUGAUCAAAUUGACACUGACAGCUUUGCGUGUGUGAAAACAUGGUUUUCUUUGGUGACAGUUUGUUGGGAUUGUUUUAUUGUUAUGUUGUAAUAUAAUGUGUUUAGAUGUAUAUUUCCGUUUGAACUUCCCUGUGCCUGUAUUGCAAGGUACUGAAGGUUAACCCAACCAUGCUACUCAAUGGUCUUAUUUCAAUAGAUCUCAUUAGUGGUUCUGCAAAACCAUGCAGCUGCUCAAGUGCCUGCAGAAAUUCUAUUAAACAAAGCUAUUCUAAUCCAUUUUGUCUUGUGUACUAGAUUUUAAUUGUCGCUAUUUAUUACGUGGAUGACUUAAAAGAAAUAAACACUUAGAAAAUG